AUGUCUACCCAUGUGGUUCAAACGAGACAACGCAUGAAUUUUCGAUUACUACAACUUGCAGCAAUCUCCUCCACCGCAUGGGGACCUAAAAGAGAUACCCUACGCGUCUUCUACCUGACACUAGUUCAAGCCCAGGCGCUCUACGGUUUUGAGGUCUGGUAUUGGGAUGCGGCCCCCACAUCACGCAAACUCCUAGAUGCAGGAGAAAACAAAGCUUGCCGAACCAUAGCAGGUAUCCCAUAUGGGUGUCGCUCCGCCGACGCAUUACGUGAAUCCCGUCUUCUCCCAUUAGAGAUGACGGCCAUGAUUCGGAGCCUCAAAUAUUUAAUGCGAUGCCAAACACGAGGUGGAUCCCUCAAAGAAAGCGCAGAACAAGUCUAUCACGAAACCCAUCCAGUACGAGAAUUUUAUGAA